AUGGAGCAUCAAAUUCGUUCAAAGUCGCCCCUGGAACGCCCUAGGGGUCGCCCGGUCGGUGCCGUACUCGAAGCUGUGGGCGGGCCUGACGGGGGCCUUGUCAGCGGCGGCGGGACCUUGCUCAAGGGAUACUUGCGGUAUUGGUUUUGA